GGAGUGAAUGGCCAAUGGGAGUUGGCUUGUCAAGCAAACACUGAGCCCUACAUUCUCAUUCAUUCAGUGCUCGACAGUCCUGCAGUGUUGAUGAGAGCACGUCUUCGACUAGUGCUUGCUUUUCAGCAUUCCGCACAACAAAAACCUACUUUUACUAUUCUCCAAGCAGAAUAAGAAGGCUGAAAACCAUUGGAUAUAUAAUUAUUUUCUUCAUAUCGUGAAUUAUUGUGCUUUCAAGAAUCCUAAAGCUUUUCCCUGCAAUUGUUACUCUGCUCUAGGACUAAUAAACUCGGUUGUCUGACCAGAUCGGUCUCAAACGCGCAACGUUUAGGCUAUUUGGUACCUAUUCCAUAGAAGCGUGGAUUUACCGUUUCUGGAGCACAUUGGUGUAAUGCACCAGAUUUUGAGAACGAAUAACGAAAGAAGAUACAACAUCUGUAUUUGGAUUUAACGCCAUCGUUACGAAUUUUAAGAGCUAAUUAAAAUACGCUUGGACUAUUUCCUUGGAUGGAGUUUUGGUAUAUUGGUUGAUGGAUUCGACGUUAUGGAUGGUUACAGAUGGGUGCGUAUCUCCCCUCUCAAUGAAACAUAUUGGAAAUGUCUGGUUUGUUCAUAGAUUCUUUGUUGCUAAAAUGACGAACAUUUCGCAGCUAAUCUUCCUCGGAUAAGGAGGCUAAUAUACGCAUAGGGUUCAGAACUCCGGCUCUGGAAACAUUGUUGCCACUUUAGUUGCAUGGAAUAUGCUUGUCGUUAGUUUAUCGAGAUAGAUGGCAUUGGGAACACGCAUCAUCUGGUGCUUGAAUCUGUGGAGCGUUCUCUUCAUAAUGUACAUGCUUGCUUGUGUCCUCUACUCGGUGUGCCUAUUUAACACAGACCAUUCGACUCUCGAAGGGAAUCAAAACGGUCAUAGUUUGGUUCAGAGGGGAGAGAGAACUCUCACGCGCAAACAAACACCCCACCCCCACGGUAGCCUAGUUUUCAUUCAUAAGGUUUUUCCUCCGUAUUUUUCUAUUCAUCUCUAGAUCCGUUGAUUUGAUCCUCUGUGGUUUCUAUCACAUGGGACGUCGCACGGUCAGCUAAACCCUAUGGCAUAGACAUAUUUGAAGUAGCCUAUGAUAUGACUAUCGGCGUAUUUGCCCUUUUACAAUACAAUAAUUAGGCCGCCCUUAUAUCUAGUGGCAAAAUCUAGUUACCGUGCAAGGUACUGUGGGGUUUCAUGAAGCGAAGUCAAUAAAUGAUAGGGCUCUACUUAUAAGCAAGCUUCUUCGCGCAGAUAAUGCCUAUCUGCAAAUUGUAUCCGUUUUUAAACGUAUUUGUAUGCUUGUGUCACUUUGAUUUAGACUGUGCCAAAAUGUGUUUAGGCCUACUGAUUAAGGUUCCGUUUGCGUUCCUGUUUUAACAGCGAUACGACUUUAUAGCUAGACCUACCACGGAUAAUUCCAGAAGCUGUUAUCUUAAACCAGUAACGGUAUUGGCUUUAUUUCAGUUGUCAAAUGUGCUUGAGAAGCACAAUAAACUAAGCAUGUGCUUGAAAUUAUAUGGACAUAAAGUUGACACUGCUGUCGGGUUCUGUCGUGACCUUAGUUUUUUGUCACCACAUUUCCUUCUAACAGUCUUUCGUUUAGUAAUAUAAUAAUACGAGAGGCAGCUCAUUUUGUCCUCUUGGAUCGUGGCCUCGUUCCGUCGCCUUGGCGCAUUUAAAUGUUAACUAGUCAUACAAAUGUAAAUGAGGACGGGAAGUAGCCUAUUUGUACUGAAGUUUGGAUGUGUGCAUAUUGAGGAAGGUACAAAAAGUCUCGUUAAUAGUCUACUUUUGUCCACGGCAUGCAUAGAAAACAAUAGUUGGGCUAUGUGAACAUGUUCUUAAUUAGUUGAAAAUAUUGACUGCACUUCUCUUUUCCUACUAGCACUGACUUUGCUGAUAACUUAACUUCUUUGAGGAAAAAUGUACGUACUAUGACUGAUGUGGUUGUCUAACCUAACUAUCCUAAGAUGAAAAAGACUAACUGGAUAAUAGCGUCUGCUAAUACUAAAAUGGGAAUGUAAGCACAAAAUAGCAUACUCCUCUCAUUAAUAGACUCUCUUAACCCGUUUUAUAACUUUGAUGAAAUAUGAUCAUCGAUGAAAAAUGUUUGAUCUAUAAAUUGAGAUGAUCCAAGGAUCUAUUGAUGGUCUUACUUUUUCAGCUCUUUAGCUUUUCCAAUCAAGAGUUGAACCUAAAAUGAUAAGGGAACAGUUUUCCCAAAUCUCCACCACCCUAUAUUUCUCAUUUGCAAACGACAUCAUUGUCUUUACUGAUGGCCCUUUCCUGUGUCUCUUGCUGUCUCUCGCAGGUUUUCCGAUGCAUGCCAAGUCCACGGUGAAUGUCGGAAGUGGUGAUCACCCCAGAUGGCGCUCCAAAGUCAACAUGGCCCUGGCGGUUCAUUAGUGGUGAUCCAGCAGCCUUCCCUGGAGGGCCGGCAGAGGUCGGAUUACGAGCGGGAGCUCCAACAUGCCGCCAUCCUUUCCCUGGACCAAAUCAAGGCCAUCCGAUCCAGCAACGAGUACACAGAAGGGCCCUCGGUGGUCCGGAGGCCCCCUGCGCCCCGCAUGGUGCCCAGGCCCGACAAGCAGCAGGAGAGGACUCACGAGGUGAUCCUCGUCAAUGUGAACAACAACUACGAGCACCGGCCGGUAGGGCAGGGCCACCACGGUGGGGUGGUGGUAGUGGCCGGGGGCCAGCAGUGUAGCACCAGGGCCCCGGGCCUUAAUCGCUCCACCAGUACAGGCAGCGCGGCCAGCUCAGGGAGCAACAGCAGUGUAUCCUCUGAGCAGGGACUCCUGGCCCGUUCGCCUCCCUCUAGACAAGGGAUGGUGGCCCUCCACCAGCACCACCACAGAGCCGAGCGGACUCAGCCUGUUCGGACUCAGCCCAAGGUGCUGCUAGCCCCCCAGCAGGGCUCUCACCCGCUGCUGCCACUGGAGGCACCGCUCAAGCCCUCAGGGAAAGGGGACAUGGCGUCUGGCCACCAGUUCAUCUGCGAAUGCUGCGGGAAGUGCAAGUGCAGAGACUGCACAGCCCCAAGGACCCUGCCCUCGUGCCUGGCCUGCAACGGCCAGUGCCUGUGCUCGGCGGAGAGCGCCCUGGAGCAUGGCACGUGCAUGUGCCUGGUCAAGGGCAUCUUCUACCACUGUUCCAACGACGACGAGGGGGACUCGUGCGCCGACCACCCCUGCUCGCUGUCACGCUCCCACUGCUGCUCACGCUUCCUCUGCAUGGGAUUACUGUCGGUACUGUUCCCCUGUUUGCUGUGCUACCCGCCCGUCAAGGGGUGCCUGAAGGCGUGCCAGGGCUGCUACGACCAAGUCAACAGGCCCGGGUGCCGCUGCAAGAACUCCAACACUGUCUAUUGCAAACUGGAGAGCUGGUCCCAACAGGCCCAGGAAAAGCCUUCCUGA